UAAAGAGAAAAGUUUUCUUUUGUUUUGUUUACAAAACUUAAAUUUCACAAUAAUCAUUAAUUAACAUAAGUUUCUGUGAAUAUCAAUUUGACAAAGACAUGAUUCAUGCUGGAAUGUAAUAAUCAGACAUAAUCUUAUAUGUUUAAAUAAGACACACAGGAAAAAUCAACAAAUUACGCAUUUCUGUUUAUUUUUUGUUGACUGCUGAGCUGUAUCUUAUCUAUCCAAAAAUAAUAAUUGCGAAAUAGUCAUUCUUGACAUCGUCAGUUGACAUUUUGUGUUGAUAAUGGACAGUUCUGUUAAAAGCUCAUCAUCUGGAGUCUCAGAUUCUUGGCUGUAUAUUAAAAACAUUGAUGAAGACGAGAUAAAUGCUGGCAAGAUUCCAGAUCACAUUAAGACGACUCAAACAUUUCUAUUUUUAAGGGAGGAAAUGGAGGAUUCAGAUGGAAUUAGUAUCAUAAGUGAAAGCGAAAUGAAUAAGGAACAUACAGCUAGUGAUACUGAAAUUGAAAGGGGUCAAAUAGCUGAGGAAAUCGACCAAGAAGCAAAUUUUGAGGCACAAGAUGAAGCUAAAAAUAAUCAAGACAAUGAGGACCCAAAUUUAUUAACACCACCAAGCACCCCAUAUGAAAUAACUGAAGAAGAACAGGAAUUGCCAUUCAAUGCUCUUGAGAAGUACGAAGUAAAAGAAGAAACUCCUGAUACUGCUACAUGUCAUAAAAACAGUCACGGUGUAUUGCUUCUAAUUGGAAUGUCUUUAAUUAUUGCCGUCUUAUACACGAACGUAACCAGCUUGAAAAAUGAGCUGGCAAAAACAGUUUCGGUCUAUGAGCAACGAAUUCUGCGACUUGAAGAAGAGAAUCAAGUCUUAAGAACUCGAUUAGAUGAAUUAAUGACAAAAUUGGAGCAAUCAAGUCCAUACACAACUAUUGUUGAUGCACUGCCAGUUUCAAGAAUUAUCCAAGAUUAUCAAACAGAACAAGAAACGACUAGAAGACCACCAGUCACAAAAGAUGUAUGGCUUGGUGGUGAAAGAGAAGAAGUCGUUAAAGUUUUGGACAAGAAAUACAAUUCACUUCCUGACUAUUGCUACUUUACUGACGAGGAUGACUUAUUCUAUGAAUAUAAUUUGGAAAAUUGCGAGAAGAAAAAGCAGAAAAUGGAGGAACGACUCAAAAAGCUACAUGAUAAGCAGGAUAAAUCCAUUGAUGAUAUCGUUAAAAGAAUGAGUUCUGAUAUCUACAAAUCUAAUGAUAUUAUGUAUAAUGACUUUAUAUCCAAAACUACUGAUGAAAUCCUCAAGUCAUUUGAUGACGAAAUCCAAGAAAUUAAGAGUAGUCGCCUCACGACUACUGCUGAUGUUGAUGACAAUUUAAGUACGAAAACCAAAGAAAAUAAACAGAAGCCAUUCGAUGGCUCAAAUUUGGACAAAAAACGAAAGCCACAACAACCUAAAAAUGAAGAGUCAGUCAAUCCGACAAAAAAGAGAAAAGCACAGCAUCCAAAUAAUUAUGAAGGCUCUGGCAAACAAGAUAAAAAGACUAAGAAGCGUGUAAAGAACCAAGAAAAUAAUGUUGAUGCUGAUAAGGCAAAGAAUCAACAAAAACGACAAAAACUCACAAGACAGAAGGCUGUAAAUGAAGAUGAUUGGAUUGAGCGUAGAUCAUCAGGCAGAGAAGAUGCAAGAAUGAAGCAGGAAAGUGACGAAAACUGGUACUUGAAGCGUAAAAAUGACAGAGAAAUCCAUCGAUUGACAGAGACUAUUGGCAACUAAACUUACCAACCUGUUUGUAUUCUUUUCCCAUAUUUUUGUGAUAGUGUUCAACAUUAAGUGAUGCUGAUUAUUUUAAAAUUCUUACUUUUUGCUUCCAAUAUUGAGACACGAUUGUUAAAUUACCUCUAUGUCCAGCAGAUCUUUGAAAUUAAUUAACUAUGAUGAUAAAUAAAGAUUAUUUAUAUUUAAGC